GUUCGUAGUGUUCAUACGUAGUCUAGAUGAAGCAAUCACAUGUGAUGCACGUUUGCAAUUUGGUUCUUUUUCGUUAAAUUGAAGUGAUGCCUAUCUCUUUAUUUAGACCUUGCUAAACAUUUGGAAAGUGCACUCUUUGAUAGUCACUCCACUUCUCUCUCGAUCAGUCUCGCACCAUGGUGUCAAGUCCCAGGAGCCCCAAGGCAGAAAUAAGUGCAUCAGGGUUGACCAGAAAGAGGGUUGCGGCCUUGUCAGAAAAUGAGUUGCUCGCUUUCAUUCAGUCAGUCAUAUCUGAUGAACAAAAGAUGGAACCAUUUUACGUGCUUGAUUUGGGCGUUGUUGCGGACCUCUUUGACAUGUGGACUAGUAAUCUUCCCAUGGUUCAACCAUUCUACGCUGUCAAGUGCAACCCCAACCCGGAUCUACUCAGAGAAAUGGCCGCACUUGGCUCCAACUUCGAUUGCGCAAGCCGUGCUGAGAUAGAGGCUAUUCUGGCUUUAGGGGUUUUGCCUGAUCGAAUUGUCUUUGCAAACUCAUGCAAAGCAGAAUCUCACAUCAAGUACGCUGCUAGCGUUGGCGUUAACCUAACUCCUUUUGACUCAAAAGAGGAACUUGAAAAGAUUCGAAAGUGGCACCCUGAGUGUACCUUGUUAAUCCGAAUCAAAUCCCCAGAAAUCAGUGGCGCAAGAUUUCCAUUAGGUGCUAAAUUCGGUGCACUUCCUGAGGAAGUUGUUCCUCUUCUCCAAGCUGCUCAAGCUGGAAAGUUUACUGUUUCCGGUGUCUCCUUCCACAUUGGUAGCGGAGCCACUAACUUCCGUGCAUUUGAAGAAGCCAUAGCCGCAGCUAAAACGGUAUUUGAGAAAGCUGCUCAACUUGGCAUGCCCAAAAUGCACAUACUAAACAUCGGAGGGGGCUUCUCAGCUGGCCCACGGUUCACUGACGCAGCGUCCGUUGUGAAAACCGCUCUCCAAAAGUAUUUUUUCAAUGAGCCUUGCUUAGAAGUUAUGGCAGAACCUGGUCAAUACUUCGCAGAGUCGUCUUUCACGUUAGCAGCAAGCAUCAUUGGGAAGCGAAUUAGGGACGAGCUCAGACAAUACUGGAUAAACGAUGGGAUCUACGGGUCCAUGAACUUUUUGCUGUACGAUCAUAACGAUGUGAUCUUAACUCCUCUCGCUUGCAUAUCCAACCGUGGUAACCCGACUUGCAAAGGGUUAAAGACAUAUGAUUCCACCGUUUUUGGACCCACAUGUGCCGCGACGGACACGAUUUUGACAGAUCACCUUCUGCCGGAACUGCAGGUGAAUGACUGGUUGGUGUUUCACAAAAUGGGCGCUUACACCUCAUCUUGUGGAACCAAGUUCAAUGGGUUCGACACAUUCGCCAUUUCCACUUACAUUGCCCACUCCGAUAAAAGUUAAUUAAACCACAAAACAAGUGUUUGGGUUGCUUUUAGUUGUCUGUGAUCUGAUCUUGAACUGAGUGUCAGCUUAUGUUUGUUUUUCUAUUAAUAAAGAUAAGGAUGAUGUCCCCUA